AUCCUGCAACACGUUUCCCCGGUCGGUCUCUAUUCCCACAGCGCCGCCCUUGAAUCCGUUUAGCGCUUUUUAUUUUUUGAGUGACAAACCUACGCGCUUUUCUCCCUUCCAAUCUGGGAGAAUAAGUCUGUUAGUCAUACAAGUAGAGGGGGUUUGAGGCUCAAAUGGGGGAGGUAAGGAAGCUGCAGAAGAAACUGAGGCAGAUUGAGAAUCUGGAGAUAAAAAUCAGUCUCAACGCUGAAGAGAGAUUCAAGAUCUCCAGGAAGGAGGAGCUGCGGCACAGAUUGGCAGAGCUUCAGCUACAGCAGCUCUGCGGCCUGCAGCGAGCCCCCGGGAGCCCACAGGGCGACAUGAAAAGAGCGGCAGAGGACGCCCCAGAGGUCCGUUCAUCACAAGCGCCCCCGGCCUCUAAGAUCCUGAGGGGCCCGGAGGAGGCUGGCACGGCGCCGCCUGCCACGCGGAGGGCGCCGAAUGUCACGCUGGGGUCACGCCAAGGCCGAGACGCGCCAGAAGGUGUUGCUUUUUCUUCAGAUGCAGAACUGGAAACGUGUUGGCAGAAGGCAAAGUUCCGCUUGAGAGUGUUGGAGGGUCACAAUGACAUCAUCACCUGCGUGCUGGCUGUUGACAACCUGGUCAUUUCUGGCAGCCGCGAUACGACGGUCAAGGUGUGGCACGUUCCCACGGCAACUGAGCACAAGAACCUGGGGGGUCACACCGCCGGGGUCACCUGCCUGUCUGCCCCUCCCGCCGAGUCCUGCACAAAGUUGGCUCGGUUGCUGUCGCUGUCAGAUGACGAGAGGUUCGUUUUGAGUGGCUCGGCGGAUUCCAACGUCAAGAUCUGGACCCUGAGCAUCGGCCAGUGCGUGAAGUCUAUCUACACGUUCAACGCUGUGACGGCGCUCUGCUUUGUGCCCGAGGGCGACGCCUACAUCGUCACUGGAUCAGACGGAGGCAAGGUUCAAGCCUGGCGCUGGUGCUCUUUGGAUAACUGCCAAUCAAUCAAUGCGCACCAACAAGCGGUCACCUCCAUCCAGCGCCAGGGUCCGCUGGUGUUCAGUAGCUCCUCCGAUGGAGGGGUGUCCGUAUGGGAGACGCGCGGUGGCGGCGAGCGAGAGCCCCUGAGUCUGCUGUGUCACUGGAGCGGUCAGGUGACUGGCUGCACGGGCGCCCUGGCCCUCAGCCCCCGGGGGGACAAAGUACUACUCGCAGACGGACGGCCGUGGAUCAAGAUUCUGGACUGGACCACGGGGGCGCUGUCCAGACUGAACAAUCACGGGAGUGUGACCGGGGUGACUGACUGCGUGCACCAGACGGGCGGUCUCCUCAUCGCCUCCCGCUACGAUGCGGCCGACGGCGACAGCGGCCUCAACUUAUUUUCGCUGCCUCGCUGCCGCUACCUGGCCUCCCUGAGAUGGCCGCGAGCCUCCAGAAUGCUUUGCUUCGCCACCUGGACUACGGGGAGCGGUGCCCACCGGUGGGUCAGCGGCGGGCGCGACCUCGUUGUGUGGGAGCAGCUCCCCGUCACCGGGAAGCGAAGGAGCGACAUCACGGUGAAGAGAGACGUCCGUUUAGAAUUGCCGCCGGAGUCCGAGGGUGACACGGAAGACGACGAGACAGACGAACACCUUGAAGAUGACGACGCAGGAAGAGAUGAAGAUGACGCGGAGCCCGCCGGUUCGUGGUUACGUUGUGUCCUCCAGUGAGGAGUCACGGCCGAGAAAGAGGAGCGAGACCAAGGCUGCAUUUACAUUGUGUGGCUCAAGUGGCACAUGUCACCUUUUUUUUGGGUCUGUUCAAAACGUGUUGAUCUCUGGGAUAUCUGCAAAUGGAUUUGCAUCAUCAGUCCUUGAAAAGAAGGCAAAAUGGAGCAUUUCAGUUCCUCUAAUCUCUCACUUGAAUAGGAUUACUGCAGGGCAAACACACAAAUACAACAUGAAAACACUCGCAAUGACCUUCUGUUGGCCGCAGCUCACGCCCAGACGCUCGCUCACAGACAAAACGGCCAACCGGAUUCAACUGCAGCUCAUGAUGUCACUCUCUAGGCCACGCCCCUUCAUGGACAGUAGUCAUUACAUAGAUACGACCUUACCAUGAAACGCAGUUUAUUUCUCAUCAUUUUUUUUAAGCUAUUAUUCUAAAAACCCAUUGACAAAAAAUGGCCGGACAAAUUGAUUGAAUAAUUGGAUUCUUGUCAAUGCCUCGUUUGAAAAAUACCACGUCAGGCAACAUAAUUAUCUUGGCAUUCGGUCGCAAUUUGACAAUUGCGGCCUGCGUGUGUGUUUGUGAGCGAUUGUAUCCUCUGUGAAUAUUAGUUGCAAUAAAUCUGUCACAACCCAAAUUUGCAAAAAAAAUUUAACGCCGACGCCACCCGGCUCCGACGGAAUUUCGGCUUAUCCCAGCGCGGCGUGGGUGUGACCUAUGUAUAUGAAUGUGAAUUCAAUUAUACUUAAAUCUCUCGCCCUCCCGCCCUGGUUUGUUUUCCCUCUAAAGUGUCCGGGCAGUUUUUAUAAUUGAUUUUUUUUCUUUAUUGCUCCUUCUCCUUCCUAUAAAAGGAGCUUCGGAACAGCUUUUUGUAUCAUUUGUUUGCCGCGUCAAAU